GAGAUUAACGCGUAUUAUCCCGAGUCACGUGAACGGAAACGCACAGGCACGCGUUUGAAACUCGCGCGUAGUUUGAGUCGAGGAGUUACUACACUGCACUUACGUAUCGAGGACUUACCGACACGACCAUUACGUAAACCAAGCGGGAACGAAAAGAAAAAAAAGGAAAUUAUGCGAAAAGAUAUUCGCUAAACUAAUCGAAUUAUUCAUCUCUUUCGGCUUGAUUAAGAUUUUCGAUAAAGAAAAGGGAAAAUGAUUUUGAUAACUCGUAGGUUAGAGAGGCUUGACAAUUAAUCAUUUGUAUUAGUUUCAAAUCAAAGUCUUUUUUCUCUCACGACGAGUUGGCAGAAACGAUCAGACGUGCGUCUAGGAUAAGUGGAUUAAAAUUGUGAUACUUAUUAAGGAAGCGUUGAACGUUAAAAGUCUGCGCCGACGUGUGUAUUUUCGCACUCAUCGACGGCAUGAAAUGAGGAGUUACUUUUUUUAUAACGAUAUAAAUUCUACCAAUAGUUUUGCAAAUUUUACAAUCGUUUAUACUUCGAAAGAUGCUGUGUCGCGAUGGAAAAUUGAGUUUGUUUUUCUUUAGUAUAUCUCUCAUUUUUGCGAUCUUACCGGAAUUACUUUUGAGGUUAGAAUGCGAUAUUUUAAGGGAAUAUUUUCAAAAUACCAUGUUCGUGCACUCUCUUCAAUAUGGUUUUUUGAAUUUCACAUUAUUCCUUGCCUUCCAUGGAUUUGAAUAUCAGGUCGCAGUGAGAUCCACGUUUUUGGGAUACGUAGUUGGUAUUGCAAUUACGAUAUUUUCUACUGCUUCACCCUCCUGGCGAAUGUUUGGCGUUUAUAUGGCAGUAAUAGCUAUAUUCCAUUAUACCGAAUUUUUAGCUAUAGCAUGGACAAAUCCGUCUACCUUGUCUAUAGAUAGUUUUGUUCUUAAUCACAGUAUCUCGUAUGGCAUAGCCGCGUGUUCUAGUUGGAUUGAAUUUAUUGUAGAAAGAUACUACUUCCCAGAUAUGAAAAAGGCCUCCUCCAUUUCCUAUGUCGGCUUAAUAUUAUCCAUAUUGGGAGAAUUAUUAAGAAAAAGCGCUAUAUUUACGGCUAAACAUAAUUUUAAUCAUAUUGUCCAAAGUGCAAAGAAAAGGAAUCACGAAUUAAUAACGCAUGGCAUUUAUGGAAUAUUUAGACAUCCGAGUUAUGUCGGAUGGUUUUAUUGGGCCAUUGGAACUCAGUUGAUACUCCAAAAUCCAUUUUGCAUUUUGGGAUACGCAGUUGCUUCUUGGAGAUUCUUCCACGAUCGUAUUCUUAUAGAAGAAAUAACGUUGUUGAAUUUUUUUGGCGAAGCAUACGUUGAAUACCAAGGAAAAGUACCUACUGGACUACCAUUUAUAUCUGGCUAUAAAACUGACUUAUAGCAACCUAUAGAUGUUUAAUCAAACUGCAUAUUCGGACAUCAAUGACACGUUCAUUUUAUAAUACUUUUGUCUCAAUAGUCAUCUGUGUAUAUAGUAUGCUGAUAUAAGUUUAUCUUUUCUUUUUCUUAUUUUUCUUAUGUAAAUAUAAUACUCUUUAUAUUAUUUUUCUUAUACACACACAUAUAUAUAUAUAUAUAUAUAUAUAGUUUUGCUUAUUUAUUUCUUCAACUAGUAAUAAAAACGACUUCGAACGAACGAUUUCGCGAAAAUUUCUAUGAGAUUUGUUGCAAGUUAAAAUUCCAACGUUUAAUAACGUUAAUUAACACGAGGAUGCAAUAAACUGAUCUUUCUUAACAAAAUUAUAUUUAUUGUCUCUCUCUCUCACACACACACACACACACACACACACACUCACACACCCACCCACGUGUGUAUAUAUAUAUAUAUAUUUUUGUAAUAUUAUUUUUUAACGACGCAAGCUACAUCUUAAAUCAUGUUAUGUACUUUCAAUUUAUAACUUUACAUACGUAAUACAUCAUGUAAGUCAUAUUAGCAUUUGCAUUGACAUUAAUAAGCAUUUCCUCAGUGUUAAAUUAUGCCGUAAACUGUGUUAAAUUGUAAUUGCGUGUUAAAUUUUUUAUACAUAGAUUAUUCAAUCGGAGGAUUAAAAUAUCUUGUGUUGAUGAUGUAGAAAGAUAACAUACAAUGAUAUCUCAUAUCAGUCCAUUCUGAGAUUUAUGUUCUAAGCUAUUGCAAAAGAAUUUUAUUUAUUAUACAUAAAAUAAUGGAGAUAUAUAGAUUUAUGAGGGAAUAAUAAAAUAGAUCAUUGUUAAUUAACGUUAGACAGAGAGAGAUCAUAGACUUUUUGGCCUAUCUCUGUUUCAGCAAGAUAUUUGAUUAGAAUUAGAAUUCUUAUUUAGAAUUAUAGAAUAUAUCUGUGAAUUGUAAGAAUAUAUUAUUAAUUACAAGAGUAAAUAAUUCACUUUUAUUUUUAUGCACACGUUGCAGUAUAUUCGAUAUCAAUACAAUAUUUGCAACACGUUUUACUAGCACCAAUCGUAACUAUUAUAUUAAAUGUUCUAGAAGUAACUUGCAUUCGUUCAUAUUACAUAAACUGCGAACUUUCCAAUUUCUUGAUAAAAAAUAGUACAUAUUAAUUAUUAAAAUUUCAUCUUUUAGCUGAAAUUUUAUCUAUCGAAACUUUUUUCGUCGCGCUUAUUUUAACAAAAUUCAUUAAUUUCAUUCUAUAACAAGUGAUAUUAGUUUUCUAUAGUACGAAAGUAGUCACAAUUAAAGGAUAUAAUUGCAAAAACAAGUUUUGAUGUUAUUCAUUCGCUACUUGUUCGAUCAAAUCGUGAUAUAUUUCAAUCACCUUAUAAUAUUACUAAUAUUUAUUGUUAAGUUUCAUUAAUAUCAUUGUUAUAUCGUUAUUAUCGUCGCCAUUUUAAAUUGCAAAAUUUACAAAAGCGUGUAAAAACAAAGUUUCCUCGCUAAAGAUUUUCUCUCGACGUGUUUUGCCUAAAAAAGUAUAUAAGCUUGAUUCUUAUGUAAUAAGUUGCCUCAUAAGGAAAACUCAUCCUUUAAAUAUUUCCUUCAUUGUUAAACGAUAUUGUGAACAAAUUUUACAAAUUGUGACUUCUUUCAUAGAUCAUUGUUACAAUUUUUUAAAAGAAUCUAAAUCCACUGUUAAUCGCUGUUAUUAGUUCUAAGCUCUAAGAAAUAAGACCAUGGCAGUGAAAAAUUAUAUGUUAUCAUAUUUUAACACUCUUUCCUUUCUCUUUUCUCGAUCACUAUGGCAGCUCUAGAAAUAUAUUUUAAAUGUAAAAUGGAAAAUAUUACAAAUAUAUGUGUGUGUGUGUGUGUGUGUGUGUGUAUAUAUAUAUAUUAGAAAGUAUAAAGUAAAUGAAACUAUAAUGAAUAUAAUUGUUCUGAAAGUGUUAAUAAUAAUUAACUAUCUAUAAAGUAGAGAACAGUAUAACAUUUCUGAAUGGAAACAUUUUCAAUGGUAGAAAUAAAAGAUUAUUCUGUUAGAAAGUUUGUAAGUAAUCAAAUAAUUGUUACUAGUUUGUAAUAACAUCAUUGGGAAUGAUUGUAAACAUAAAAUACUUAAACAAAAGUCAAAAUUACUUUGCUUAAGGUCAGAUAUGAUUCUUAUUAUUAUCAAUGAACAGAGUAUGAUUUUAAUCGCAUACUUUCAUCGGUACAAACCUUUACGGGUUUGUAUAUCAAAGUCUUUGUCCAAUUAUAAUUAAUAUUUGUGUAUAGAGAAAUAUCUUGCAUUUUUUACAACAAUUAAUAAUGUUUAUCCCUAUUUUUUAGUGGAAAAUUUUUGAAAUUAUAAUAAUGCCAUACUUCUUGCUGUUACAUAACAUUUGUAUGUAAUAGUUUUACAUCGCAAAUAAACGCAGCUUUCUAUAAAACGAAACGUAUUAACGAACGCUGAAACAUCCGCCAAAAGAACCAUACUGCUUUGAAUAUUGAAAAAGGUUUUUUUUUUUUUUUUUUUUUUUUUUUUUUUUUUUUUUUUUUUUUUUUUUUUUUUUUUUUUUUUUUUGAAAAAUCAGAUAAGAUCAUAUCCAUACGUAUGGAUUCUCUUAAUGUCUUCUUCCCGGAUCACCACGGAUGGGAGUCUUUUCAACUGGAUCACUGUGAAAUAAUCAAUCGUUGCAAUUAAAUAUAAAUAUAAGCUCGAACAAAAACAUUAUUUUAUAAUACAAUAGUUUAUAAUAAUUAAGGGAAGAAACGAAUUUAGUAUGGUUUGCGUAUAACUACAGUAAUUGAACGUACCAUGGUUAGGUCAGAUUCUUUCCAGAUUGCGUUAAACAAUUGUACAUAAAACAAUUAAUAAAUUUAAUAAUUGUCCGGAUAAAUUUCUUUGAAAAUUUAUGGGAAUACAAAUAUUACAAGCAAUUAUGUAUUAGCAAAAACUUGGAAUAUAAGUAUACCCUAGAAAUUGAAAUAUAUUUGUCUAUUUAAAUGAAUAUAUUUCUUAUGAUAUAUUAAUAGCGCCUAUGUAAAAAAGUGUACGAACAACGAUUAAAUUUCUGUUUUCUAUUUUCAACGCGAUCAAAUGUUGUAACACGAUCAAAAGUAAAUAACUCUUAAUAUUACGUGUGGCUACAUUAGCAGCAGGUUUUGGAUGAAUAAUAUUUACAGGAGGUGGAGGUACAAACGCAUCAAAAAUAUCUGCAUCUGCGUCCGUAAAUACCAAUGAAGAUGGAAUCCAUCUCACUCUAUGCAGCAUGUAACAUUAUUUUAAAAAAAGCUCAUAUAACAUUUUGCACCUUGACAAAUGUUGCUUAAUCUUAUAAAAUAAAGGUAACGCUUGUUAAUCUCCUUACCUGGUACACGGAGAAACGUUUUUCCCUCUAAUAGCUUUCUCUCCUAUAUCAAUAGCCCCGGAGUCUUGUACUUCGAGAGUGUAAAUACAACCGGAAAAUCCUUCGUGGUAUCGUCCGUAGGUCAUUGCGUAAUCGGGUACACCUCCUAGAUAAACGCUGCCUCUGGUAUUCAAAAUUUGUUGCAGCCCGUCGCUCAGUCCACUUUCUGUAUGUUCGCCGUUUAACUCGAUGCUACCGUCGCUACCUUGUCGUUUUAAAAUGAUUCUAUGCCUUUCUCCGUCGUCGACCCUUUGAGCGGUUACGCGAAUAACAGCCGGCCCUGAUCCUAAAUUGUAUUGAUAUUCCACGUAACUGAAAGGAAAGCGUACGGGUCUCAGUUUUUUUUUUUUUUUUUUUUUUUCUCUCUCUGUCUAUGGUAUGACGAGGAUGGCCGUAGCCGACUUACCCAUCAACAACCGCGAGAGAUAUGUAAUCGUCGGGAUUCAAAUCAUUCGGCGUUUGACCGUGCCACAUGAUCAAGCCAUUUGUUUUAUUCGUCGAUAUCUCGAAACCCAAUACUUCACGUUCUUCUUCGUGCGUCAUUACUGAUCUUUCCAGUUCUAACCAGCCGUCUCCUUUGAAUGCAAUGUCAUACGUGAUCUCUGCUACUGCAUCGAUAAUAAUAAAGGUACACUUUUAGAUCCACCCAUCGUAAUUAAUAGCAAUCAGGUACCGAAUAUAUUGCGUAGAAUUGUUUUAAUCAUACAGACUUACACUUUUCACAAGUUUGGCCGUUAAAGCCAAGCCUACAGUCGCAUUUGUAAGAUCCGUGUAGAUCCGUGCAACUGCCACCGUUUCUACAAGGUGCAUACACUUCACACUGUUUCAAUACAUUUUCACAAUUUCUUCCUGCAUAUCCAUAUUCGCACGUACAGGAAUAUUCGCGAGAAUCUAAACUCUGACAGAACCCGUGUAUGCAAGGACUCGAUGUGCACGGAUCGUACAAAGUCGUUGGUGGACUUGUUGGUGGAGGGGUAAUGAGCGUAGUACGUGGAAUCGUUUGAUUCGGAUGAAGCAUGGAACAAUCUUCGAUAUUUGCCAUAUCCAUUGCCGAUUUUAAGAUCUCCAGGCUAACGGAAGCUACUUCGAGCUGUACCAUCGAAUUCGGUAUUGCACGGUUUGAAAUAGCACUAAAACUAAGGUAUAGCCUAACUAAACUAAGCUCUUACUUACUUCGCUAAUGCACCCACGAAAACUACGAUCAACAUUAAGAUUCUUGUUCAAUGUAAUUUUUCUACGAUCAAUGCCACCGAUGUAUAAUGGCGUAUUCAAUGUCAUGGUACGUGCACCACCAGGUGAUCUUGCCUCGACAAAUGGUUCUCCGUUCACAGAUAAUUUCGCCUCUUUAAAAUCUCUGUUUAUCGUUACGUACGUCCAUGUUCCAGGUUGCACGAUAUAAUUAGAUCUUAAUGUGGCCAUACCCGAGCCGAUAUCAUAGCGGAAUUCAACGUGCUUGUUCUUUAUUAUGAGCGCUGCAAAAUCCCCAAGUCCUUCUUCGCUUUGAGAACAAUAUAUCAAUAUUCCAUCUCCUUCGUCGGUAGGAUUGAAGUUCAUAGCUAUUUUAAGCCUAUAAGUUUAGACAAUAGUUCAAAAAUAAUCGAGCUAACUUUUCAUCGAUGCAAUUCAUUCAUUAGUCGUAUGUCGUAAACAUGUUGUUUAGUACAUGAAAACGUUGUUGUUGACAAUGGUGACGUAUCGAAUUGGUAUAAACGAAUGGAUUAAUCAAUACCCACGAUUGUAUGCAUGAAACAUGAAUGAACGAAUGUAACAUGUUUGUACUGGCAAGGUACUAAGGAACUUAAGCAUUGUGCAGUAUUCUGAAAACUUAAUAUAUAAAAGCACUCAAAGGUCCAGUCCAACAUCAAAACGCCCUUAUUACUCGCGACUGAUCUAAUACUCGCCAAUUUUCGUUUGCAUGCUGCGCUUAAGCAACCUAAUAUAGCUAAAGAGAAAGAGAAAGGAAAGAAGAGAAGUAAGAAACGAAAAAAGAAACACGCGAUAAAUAUGAAUUUCCUAAAACAAUUGGAAAAUCAAAUUAUAUUAGAUAAAUUGUCACACCAAUGUUUAUUUGCCUUUAUAAUAUUUAUUCAUAUCUAUUUUGAGCAUAGGCUUAAGCCCAUUGAGUAUAUAGAUGUUGAUUCAUAGAUGAAACAACGUAUUUAACAUAUUAUAUAGAAUCAUAUAUAUAUAUAUAUAUAUAUAUAUAUAUAUAUAUAUAUA